UGUAAUCGUGUGCCAAAAUGGCGCCUUCCACUAUCCAAAAGUUAAAGUCUGCUAUUACAGGUGAACAGCAGGAUGAUUCUUUAAUAACAGAGAUAAAUGAUGCAACAACACUAAGCUGGUCAACAAGAAUAAAAGGCUUUAUAAUUUGCUUUAUUGUGGGUGUUUUCUGUUCUGUAUUGGGAGUCAUUUUUCUGUGGAAAGAUGUUAGGCUUUUUGCUGUUUUUUAUUCAAUUGGAAAUGUUGUUGCAUUAGCAAGUACUUGUUUUUUGAUGGGUCCCUGUAAACAGUUGAAGAAUAUGUUUAAAGAAAAAAGGCUUAUUGCAACAAUAAUAAUGCUGACUUGUCURGUACUCACUCUGUGUGCAGCAUUGUGGUGGUCAAACAAGGGACUUGCUCUUGUGUUUUGUAUCUUGCAGUAUUUUGCAAUGACAUGGUACUGCCUUUCUUACAUUCCAUUUGCAAGGGAUGCUGUCAAAAAGCUUUGCACCAGCUGUCUUGCAUAAAGAUCACUAUCUUCAUUGUUACAUUGUGUGCAUAAAACUAUUCAACUCAUUAUCUGCAAUAUAAUGAAUGAACUGUAAUUUAAUACUUUAUGUUACACAAAUUGUAUAUCAUGAUGACAAUAUGAACAAGUAGAGAGUGCCACCAAUUAAAACUCUCAAACUCAAACUUAAAAAAAACUCAAUUACCAUUAAUUCACAGUCUUUAUUAACUYUAUGUUGAAACUUUUAUCUAGAAGGGUUUUGUAUUGGUGUAAAGACCAAGAAUGUGAGAUACAAAACCUCUUGAKUUGUUGUGCAACUUUGUUGCUAUUCACAUUUUAAGUCAAUGAUUCAGGUUUUUCACUUUGUCCAAGKACUAGRAACAUGUCUUGGAAUAAAAAGUAGACUAGAAAAACAAGGAACACUGAUGCUAAAUGUGAAAUGCAAAAGUUGAGGUUUAUGUACAUCUGAGUUGAGGUUUAUGUAYUUCUCCACUUUAAAGACAGCUAUCAGGUUGAUAUGUCAUUAGAGAAGUGGCUGUCUUUAAUCAACAAAACAUGCAUCAUUUCUUAAAAAUAAGUAAUUCUGUAAUUUUGUUGUUCCUAUGCAGCAUUGUAUAAAAAGAUCAAACUAAUAUUACUUGACAAUAAAAUGAAUAAACAAUUUCUAUAAAAUAUAAAACAAAA